AUGUCACCCUCUAUUGCUGAAGCGAUCGUUGAUGCCGACACUCUUAGCAAUGUCUCCACUAAAAAGCUCCAGGCAGCCAUCAAGAAGGCGGGCAGCGACUUCCGCUCGGACGUAGUAACGGCGCCCACCCUAGCCAUGAUGCAGGCUAUCCUAGAUGCCUCGGUUGGGGAUGACAUCUAUGAUCCUCAGGGAGAUGCUUCAGUCAAUGCGCUGCAAGAUAGGCUGAUUGAAUUGACUGGAAUGGAGGAUGCUCUCUGGGCCAUUUCUGGCACCAUGGGUAAUCAGGUCUGUCUCAGGACUCACCUAACCCAGCCACCACAUACUGUGUUGCUUGACCACCGGGCUCAUAUUCAUUGUUGGGAGAGUGGCGCCCUUCCAGUCUUGAGUCAGGCUGGCGUAACGGCGGUUCACCCGAAAAAUGGGCUUCAUAUGACCCUUGAGGAUGUCAGGAAAAACAUUAUCGCCGACGGAAACAUUCACUUUCCUCCUACGCGGGUCGUAGCUCUCGAGAAUACAAUGUCUGGGACGAUUCUGCCAUUGAAGGAUGCCCAAGAAAUCUCAAACUUCGUCAGAAGCUUCCCUGUACCAGAGGGCCAGAAGCCGAUCGCCAUGCACUUAGACGCCGCCCGACUGUUCGAUGCUGUGGUCGGCGAAGGUGUUGAUUUGAAGGAGUACUGCAAAUGCUUUGACAGCAUGAGCGUUUGCUUGGCCAAAGGUCUCGGCGCUCCAAUGGGCAGUGUGAUUCUUGGGAACAGGGGCUUCAUUCAACGGGCGAAAUGGUUCCGCAAGAUGGUCGGUGGAGGUGCGAGACAGCCUGGUAUGAUGGCAGCCGCGGCCGCAGCUGCCAUUGACCAUUCUUUACCCCUGCUUCCUCGCGUACAUGCGAAGGCCAAGGAGACCUCGGCCAAGCUCUUGGAAUUGGGCUACAAGCUUGCAUUGCCUGUGCAGACCAAUAUGGUGGUACUGGACCUGGAGGCCACAGGCAUCCCGGGCGCUGCUUUCGUGAAAUCAUGUGAGAAGAGAGGUGUUGCCGUCUUUCCCAAUGGAAGAAUUGUAUUGCACCAUCAAACAUCAGACGAAGGAUUGGACAACCUGAUGCUGGCACUGAAAGAAUUGACGGAGCGGAAGCAGAGAGGAGAGGUGCUGGAAGACGAAGAGAUAGUGGGUGGCUGUUCAUAA